AUGAACUUGCAAGUUGCGCCGGAUCAGGUUAUGUGCAAAGUCUUUCCACAAACGUUGACUAAUGCUGUUAGGGAUUGGUUCUCGACAUUGGAGCCCAACUCCAUAGCCUCAUUCUCAGAUUUGGCUGAUAAAUUCUCAGCCUUCUUUGCAAGUAGCAAGCGAAUCAGGAAGACCGCGACCUCUCUCAUGCAACUUUGCCAAGGACCAACUGAAACCCUACGAGGAUUUAUGACAAAGUUUUACAAGGAAAGACUUCAAAUACCUGACUUUCACAUCACGGCAGCUGUCUCCGCCCUCACUUACGUCGUAAGAUGUGAAGCUUUCAAGAUGUCUUUAUCAAAGACCCCGCCACAGACAGUGACCGAGCUCCUCACCCGAGCUGAAAAAUACAUUAAUAUGGAGGAAUCACUAAAUCCAAGAAGAUCUGGUCUUUCUCAUGAAAAGACCGAGAACAAGAAGCAACAUGAUCCCGUCCCCCGGCAUGAGGUUCCCCGGGAUAAACGCAGGAACAAGGCGCCAUCAGCACCUCUCACUCGGUUGAACACCUCUAAGACAAACAUUUUGAUGGAG